AUGGAAGAAUCUGUUACACUCAUUUCUCCAAAGAAUCCAAUUCCAAUCGAAACAGUUUUCCUUUCAAACAUAGACCAAACAGUAGCUUUUCCUGUUGAGACUGUUUUCUUCUUUGAGACUCUGGCAAGUGUGCCAAAAUCAGAUAUUGUGGAGAGGGUGAAGGCAUCGGUUUCUGUAUUCCUGCUUGUACCAUACUAUUUUAUGGCGGGUAGAUUGAAUUUCAACCUUGAAAGCAACAGGUUGGAGCUGGUCUGCAACAACGCGGGAGUACCAUUUGUUGGUGCAACGUCAAUGCUUAGAUUGAAGGAUCUUGGGAAUGUUUCUCUCCCAAAUCCAUCAUUUCAGCAUCUGAUCCUUAGGACUGAUUUGUUUAAGAGUCUUAAGGAAAUUCCCCUUUUUACAAUUCAGGUCACAAGAUUCAAAUGUGGAGGCUUCUCAAUUGGGUUUGUGAUCAACCACAGCAUACUUGAUGGGAAAUCAGCGGCUGAGAUGUUCCAAAACCUGGCCUCCAUCUGCAGGGGUGAAGGCCUCAAGACCCAUGUCCUCAACAAUGACAGGACAUGUAUCAAAGCAAGAAUCCCACCUCAAAUUAAAUACCCACAUAAGGAAUACAUAAAGCUAACUGAAAUAACUAACAUUCCCUCCUCAUUUACAUCAGCCAACCAACCUUCCCCACCUCAAUCCCUCUUAAACGUCUCACACAAUCACAACCACAAACUUUUCCACUUCACACCUGAAAUGAUCACCACCCUAAAAAACAAGGCCAUGAUCAAGUGCUCAACGUUUGAAGCCAUGGUGGCCCACCUGUGGAAAUCAAGGACAAGGGCUGUCUUUGAAGACCCAUGUGGGGUUUCAUCAGUACUCUUUGCUGUGGACAUUAGGAGCAAGAUAACUCCACCCUUGCCACAUGGGUUUGUUGGGAAUGCUGUCGUAACAGCUUGUGCAAGUGCAAAGGUGGUGGACUUGAAUAAGGAGUCUUUGGGGUUUUGUGUUGAGAAGGUGAAGGAAGCAAUAGAGAUGGUGACAGAUGAGUAUGUGAAAUCAGUGGUGGAUUGGUUGGAGGUUUAUAGAGGGGUACCUUCCACUUUGGAUGGGAAUUUUUAUGUGUCAGCUUGGUGGAAGCUGCCCUUCCAUGAGCUGGAUUUUGGGUAUGGGAGGCCCACUUAUGGUGGCCCAGUUGUGAGUGGAAUGAAUGAGUUUGUGCUGUUGCUCUCUGAUGGUAUUGAGGUGAGGAGAGGUGGAGGUGUCAAUGUAUGGAUGGCCUUAGAACAAGAGAAGAUGGAGAAAUUCAUGAUGCAUGUGUUUGAGAUGUAGUUCUUUCCUUAUAUAUUAGAUGUUGGUAUACAUGUGAAAUAGGGUAGUGUCCUUAUCAUGUGUAUGAG